AACUAUGACAGAAUAGAAACUUUGUCCGGUGUUUGGAAGUACUACUAGUACUGAGUACUAGUACUUGACGUAAAGUUGCACAGCUAGCUAGCUGCGAAAUUGUGAGAUCAACGACAUGGAUAUCUGCUGCUCCUUCUCCUGGCUUCUCCUGCUGAUCUUCAUUCUUCCCUUUGUUGCACUAAAACUGGUCAUUUGGUGGAGAAUUCGGCAUCGCCGAAAAACUGAUCGUCAAAAUAAUAAAGGUGCAAUUGUUCGCGUUGCUUUCUUCCACCCUUAUUGUCAUGCCGGUGGUGGCGGUGAGCGUGUCCUCUGGUGUAGUGUCAAUGCAUUACUGGAGAGGUACCAGUUUGUCCGGUGUCAUGUCUUCACCGGAGAUAGCGCCACUGGAGAGGAAAUCUUGAGGCGAGCUCGCCAACGAUUUAACCUGAAAGUACCCAAUAGUGUGGAGUUUGUCCAUUUGAAGUCCCGUAAUCUGGUGGAGGCGUCUACUUGGCCCUGCUUUACCCUCCUUGGACAAAGCAUUGGCUCGCUUGCUCUAGGCUUCGAAGCUCUAUGGAAGUUCACGCCUGAUGUGUACAUUGACUCUAUGGGUUAUGCCUUUACCCUUCCAUUGUUCAAGUGGCUUGGUGGUUGUCGUGUAGGUUGCUAUGUACACUAUCCAACUAUCAGCACAGACAUGCUGGGUCGGGUGAGUCAGCGGGAAGCUGCAUUCAACAAUGCAUCGUUCAUUGCUCGCUCUCGUAUCCUCAGCGCAGGCAAGCUACUCUAUUAUCGUAUGUUUGCGUACAUUUAUGGUGUUGCUGGUCGGCGUGCAGAUGUUGUGAUGGUGAAUUCAUCAUGGACCAAAGAUCACAUUAUGUCGCUGUGGAAGAUUCCAGAGCUCACGGCAGUUGUGUACCCCCCCUGUGACACAAGUGGUUUUUCUGCCAACCCAUUGAAGCCUUUACCCGACCGGUCCACACUCAAACAUUUGGUUGUGUCGGUAGCACAGUUCCGUCCAGAGAAGAACCAUGCACUGCAGUUGGAAGCCUUCGCUCUAUUCCACAAGAAUCUUCACCUAAAUAGCAAAGACCAGCUUGAUGCUGAACUCGUUCUUGUGGGUGGUUGCAGAAACGAAGGAGACCAGCAGCGUGUGGAUGAGCUGCGUGUAUUGGCACGUAAACUCAACAUUGAGAAGUCGGUGCGCUUUGAGCUCAACGCCUCGUACGAUCUGCUGCGUGACUUUCUAUGCAGUGCUACAAUUGGUCUGCACACUAUGGUGAAUGAGCACUUUGGCAUUGGGGUGGUGGAAUGCAUGGCUGCUGGUGCAGUGACUUUGGCUCAUGAGUCAGCUGGUCCCAAGAUGGACAUUGUAGUAGAGUGGCGCGGACAGCCAACUGGAUUCUUAGCAUCUACAGUGGAGGAGUACGCCGACAAGAUGAUGUGGGUGUUGUGUAUGACUGAGCAGGAGCGCGACAACCUACGGCAGCACGCGCGAUUGUCGGCGCGUCGCUUCGAUGACCAGACCUUUGCCAGUGCGUUUAUCAGCCGCACGGAGAAACUAGUACGGCUGGCGUGUUAGUUGAAAGUUGUCACACUGGUAUCUUGUGAUUUCUUUUCUUUUUUAGGUGUCUCUGCUGGUCAGAUGACUUCUUUCUUUUACUUUGCUUCCUUUCUUGUUUCUUUUCAACACUCUUGACAUUACUCUCAAAUUACGCAUGUUGCUACAAGUACAUGUAUUCGAAUCAUGGCUGGAACAGAAAGCUGUGUGCAUGUCAAGUUGAA